AUGUAUGACGUCAUCCGAAACCGUUCCUCUUGCCGAGUUGGUAUAAAUGCACCUCUGUCUGCCACCAUGCCCAUAGAAAUCAUCGAUAUUCACUCCCAUUCCAAUGACGGCAUCAUCGUUUCCGACAUUCCCCAACAGAUCCUGGCAGGCCUCUCCCUUCCUCCUGGUCAGCGCCAGAUGCCCACCAUGCUGCUCUACGAUGAGCGUGGUCUGAGGCUUUACGACGACAUCACGACUGAAGUUCCAGAGUAUUACCUGUUUGGAGCCGAGGAAGAGAUCCUGAAGAACAAGGCCGAUGAGAUCGUACGGACCAUGCAUCGUGGGGUGGAGGUCCGUUCUGAUGAAGUUAUAGUUGAACUCGGGGCGGGUGCAUUGAGGAAAACCUCUCAUAUAUUAGCAGGCCUCUCUCGCUUGAUGGGUGAGGUGCAGCCGUCAACACCUAUCACCUACUACGCCCUCGAUCUUGAACAACGAGAGUUGGAACGCACUCUGAACGGGAUUGCAAGAUCCGAAGUUGGGGAACAACUUAUCGGCAAGAUACAUACCAAAGGAAUGUGCGGCACCUACGAUGACGGUUUGAAGUUCAUCGAGAGCGGAGCAUUAUUCAGUCAGAACGUAUCCGACGAUCUCAAUUCAUCGGACGAACUUAAUUCCCAAGAUGCAUCGCCUUUUUCCAGUGACUUUUCAGUGAGCGAUGCCUCGUCGGAGACGGAUUCGCCAACGAUUUCAACACCUGAAGGCAGCAAUAUUCCUCUGCAUAUCAUGUUCCUUGGGUCGUCGUUAGGAAACUUCUCUAGAUCCGGAGCUGCAUCAUUCCUGAAGGGUCUCCCCCUUCGGCCCGGUUCCGGAGACACGCUUCUCCUUGGCCUGGAUCACGACAACGAGAAAGACCGCAUUGAAGAAGCCUACAACGAUAAACAAGGUUUCACGCGUCGUUUCAUCUUCAAUGGCUUAAAGGCUGCAGGACGUGCUCUGGGCAAUCCAGACAUGUUCGAUGAGGGGAACUGGGAAUAUGUUAAUCACUACAACGUUGCCGAACGUCGUCACGAAGCCUUCUUCAAGGCAAAAUGUGCCCACACCGUCAGUGACCCUGUGACUCACAAAACUAUUUCCUUCAUGAAGGACGAGCUCAUGAAGAUCGAAGAAUCAAUAAAGUUUUCCGAGACCGACACUUAUACGAUGUUCACUGAAGCCAAUCUUCGCGUCGUUCAGAGAUGGAUGGAUUCGAAAUCACAAUAUUCUUUGUGGCUUCUCGAGCGGCCUCCUCUUAUCUUCCCGACUCUAUCAGCUUCUCUUGCCGCCGAUCAAGUACCAAGAAAAUAUUCGACGUCUCCGUUCGGCGUUCCAUCUCGUGAAGAAUGGAAGCAUCUGUGGGCGGCAUGGGAUUUCAUCACGCUACGCAUGAUUCCUCCGUCGAUGCUCUUCCAGAGGCCCAUUGACUUGCGCCAUAUUUGUUUAUUCUAUCUCGGCCAUAUUCCAACAUUUUUAGAUAUUCAUUUGUCCAAGCUGCUCAAUGAACCUCAUUCCGAACCUGAGCAUUUCAAGGACAUAUUCGAGCGGGGCAUUGACCCUGACGUCGACGAUCCAAAUCAAUGCCAUCCUCACUCUGAGGUUCCUGCUGAAGAUGAGGAUUGGCCUACUUUGACCACCAUUUUGAAGUUCCAAAGAGUCGUUCGCGAGAGGUUGAUGAAGCUUUACGACGAUAUCGACUCUGGCAAGAUCUGUUUGACGCGCAAAGUCGGACGUGUCUUGUUUAUGACUCUCGAACACGAAGCCAUGCAUGCUGAAACGCUGCUGUACAUGCUUCUUCAACGCUCGGGCACUGGCACCCUCCCACCGCCCGAUUUUAUCUUGCCACCAUGGGCUUCGCUUGCCGCCGCAUGGGAUGAAACGCCUCUGCCCUCUUCCGCAACCAUUACGUUGGGCCCUGAGACAAUCGCCCUCGGCCAGGACGACAUCGAAGCAGAGGACGGCGUGCUGGAUGGCGAUGCCAGGACCCACAGUUUCGGCUGGGACAAUGAGUCACCAAAAAGAUCGGUCCGCGUUGGACAGUUCAGAAUUGAGUGGAGACCGGUAACGAAUGGGCAAUUCUACCAGUUCUAUAAGGACGGCGGGAAAGAACAGGUGGAGUUCCCUUCGAGCUGGGUCGAGGAAGCUGGAGAAGUCAAGAUACGAACUGUCUAUGACCCUGUUCCGAUGUACAUUGCCCAUGACUGGCCCGUCAUUGCAUCGUAUGAGAGUCUUUCGACGUAUGCGAUCGUCAAAGGCGGACGCCUACCAACAGAACCAGAACUGAGGCUCUUCUACGACAAGUUCGAGUCAGGCUACGAGGGAGGUGCGAAUGUCGGCUUUCGCAACUGGCACCCCAUCCCGGCCACAACGGGAGGAGAGCGAAACGGAGGCAAAGGCAUCAAUGGAGGCGUAUGGGAGUGGACAUCAACCACUUUCGAUGCGGUCGACGGGUUUGUUCCUUCUAAACUGUAUCCUGGAUAUUCCAUGGAUUUCUUUGACCAGAAACAUCAAGUUGUGCUUGGUGGUUCAUACGCGACCAUCCCAAGGAUCUUCGAAAGGAGGUCGUUCCGUAACUGGUACCAACGCAACUAUCCCUACCCGUGGGUUGGCGGGCGUGUCGUGUAUGAUGUAGAGUCGAAGUGA